UCCCUCCUCUCUUUAUUUUUCGUUUUUAUUUAUUUUUUUUGUCUCUGUAUCUGUAAUUAAAAGUCAGAAAUGAAUAAAAUAAUAGAAUAUAAGAAUUUGCCUCCAAGAUUCCAGUUCAUGCGAGGAAAACGAUGGCGUCGAUCGCACUCAAUUCCCCAGAAGCAAGUACAAUACUUUUACAAAUCCAAGCAAACCACAAAUCACACCUUAAUAAGACAGCCUUGCUAGCCAUAUAUAUAAAUGUAAAUAUAUACACACACACACACCAACAUAUAUAUAUAUACACACACACACACACACACACACACUUGAUAUGUGCCAGUUCAUAGCCUUUUAAGCUCGUACUCCUACCUCUCUGUAUUUCGCCCAAACUGUAACUGGAUCUCUCCUCGAAACUAGGGUUUCAAGUGAAAAGCUCGUCGAUCUCUGGAAAUGCUUCUUGACUGAUUCACUAUUUGUUCAAGAGAUUCUCUUGGUGUGCUUGGUUGAUCUCGAUUGGGGGCUCUGAGAAUGGACGGUGGAGAUAGAACGGUUAGGUUGGGGGCUCUGAACCUGAAGGCGGAUCGGGGCGGAUUUGAUUCGGGUCCGGAUGUGUCCGUUUCGUCGCCGGUGACGAGGCAGAAAGCCGCGGCGGCCAAGCAGUUCAUAGAGAAUCACUACAAGAACUAUCUACAGGAAUUGCAGGAGCGCAAAGAGAGACGGCGUGCACUUCAGAGAAAGGCACAAGAGGCUGAGAUAUCUGUGGAGGAACAAGAGCAGAUGCUGAGGAAUUUAGAACGCAGAGAAACUGAAUAUAUGAGGCUACAAAGACGUAAAAUUGGAAUUGAUGACUUUGAGCAAUUAACUGUAAUUGGUAAAGGUGCAUUUGGUGAGGUGAGGUUGUGUCGGGCGAAAAACACAGGAGAGAUUUUUGCUAUGAAGAAAUUGAAGAAGUCAGAGAUGCUUAGCCGUGGACAGGUUGAGCAUGUCCGCUCCGAGAGGAACUUGCUCGCUGAGGUUGAUAGCCGCUGCAUAGUUCAACUCUUUUAUUCCUUUCAAGAUUCUGAUUUCUUGUAUCUUAUCAUGGAGUAUUUACCUGGUGGUGAUAUCAUGACCCUAUUGAUGAGAGAAGAUGUUCUUUCUGAAGAUGUUGCAUGUUUUUAUAUUGCGGAAAGUAUUCUAGCCAUUCAUUCAAUUCAUCAACACAACUAUAUUCAUAGGGACAUAAAACCGGACAACCUGAUAUUGGACAGAAAUGGCCAUUUGAAACUUUCAGAUUUUGGCUUGUGUAAACCUCUCGACGACAAGUAUUCGACAAUGCUAUUGGAAAAUGAAGAUUUAAUGAACCAGGAAACCAUUUCUGAAAAUGAAGGAAAAUCUGCCAGUGAUAGAGUCCCUUGGUUGAUGCCAAAAGAAAAAUUACAGCAAUGGAAACGCAAUCGCCGUGCAUUGGCCUUUUCAACUGUUGGGACUCUUGACUAUAUGGCUCCUGAAGUGUUGCUCAAGAAGGGGUAUGGAAUGGAGUGUGAUUGGUGGUCACUUGGGGCAAUUAUGUACGAAAUGCUUAUAGGUUAUCCUCCCUUCUGUUCUGACGAUCCAAGGAUAACAUGCCGCAAGAUAAUCAAUUGGAGAACAUGCCUGAAAUUCCCUGAGGAACCAAAAAUAUCAGAUGAGGCUAAGGAUUUGAUCUGUCAUUUGUUAUGUAAUGUUGAAACAAGGUUGGGAACCCGAGGAGUAGACGAACUAAAGGCACAUCCGUGGUUCAGAUGCAUUCAAUGGGACAGACUUUACGAAAUGGAAGCUGCGUAUAAACCUACAGUCACCAGUGACUUGGACACGCAGAAUUUUGAGAAUUUUCCUGAAGUGGAGGGCCAGCCGUCCACAAUUCCAACAGUGGGACCUUGGCGGAAGAUGUUGACAUCUAAAGAUACUAAUUUUAUUGGAUAUACUUUCAAGAAAUCAGAUGUCCUUAAAUCACUUGAAAAUUCAGGUACAUACAUGAGAUCAAAUGAAUCUUCAAAGGCUCCCUCUCUAAUAUCCUUGUUAGGUCGGAUUGACUUGCAAGAAACCGUGAUAUCAGAGGGUGAGCAGAAGCAGGAAACGUGAUUUUUCUACAAGAGUUGGUGACAAUAACUUCUCUGUGCACAGUCAGACAAGCUGUUAUAGAAGACUUGAACGACAAAAUUGCUGCCUGGUGGCGCGAAUAAAGAGUUCACCUUUAAGUGUUUAUACAAUCUUGGGGGCUAUUCUUUCUUUUUCGACCAAAUUACUAGACAAAAGAUAAACGUGACGUGGUAAAGCCAAUAAUUAUUAGGUUCAACGUGAACCAACCAUUUUCUUUUUAAUCGUACAAUCUUAUCAAAAACGAAGAUAAGGUUUCUCUUUUCUUUUUUUUCUUUUUUUUCUUUUUUUUUUGUUUUUUUUGUUUGGAAAAUCUCUUAUUUGUAUUUACAAUGCUUAA